AGCUACUUAACCUUUUGUGCGCAUGCUCUCUCUCUCUCUUCUCUGCUUCUGCAACUACAAGAAAAGCUGUAACAAUCUCUCUCGAGCCCCUUUCACCGCCAGUGACAGCAGAAGAGAAUCACAGUUAAAAAAAAAGCUUACGAGAAACACUCAAAAGAUUUUUUAGUCUCUCAUCUCUCUUUCAAUCACUUCGUCACUAUUCAUCGUUUUGCUUUUGUCUCCAUUCACUUUUUAACUCCCAUUUGCGAAUAUUACCCAUUGAGUUUAUCUUCUUCUUUAAGCUCAGUUUCUUUCUUUUGUUGCUCUAAUGAUUCUUUUUUCCUUUUUGUGAAUCAUAGCUUCUUCUUCCACUGUACCAUUGUCGUUUUGCUCAUUUCCAACUGUCCCCUUUCUUUCCCUAUUCUCGUAACUAAGCUAUCGAUUUCGCUAAUGUACACUCAUCCUCUCUGCUUUUCUUCUUCACGAGCUCCAAAUUACCAAAAGCUGAGGGACUUUUUUCAGAAUCAGAAUUCAAAAGAAAGCAUUUUUGUUUCUCUGGGUCUUUUUCUAACUUUAGCUUGAUUUCAGAUUCCUUGCAAAGAUUCUUUCUUUUCAAUAUAUGUCGAGGAGAUUGAUUGUUCUUCUUUAGAGACUACAAAGUUAUUAAAUUUGAGGCAAUGCGUCUCUAAAAGAGACAUUUUUUCCUCUUUGCUGGGAGAUCUCUCUCUCUCUCUGCAAAUUGUGGGCUGUUAGGGUUUCUUGUGUAGUUUAUCUGAUGACGGGAGAGUUACAAGAGACGGUGGACAAAACGGCGCCGUGUGCGGCCAUCACUGAGAAACGACCAAAUCGUCUCGGUGGUUGUGUCGGCGUUUUCUUUCAGCUCUUCGAUUGGAACCGACGCUUCGCUAAAAGGAAGCUCUUUUCUCGCAAAUCACUUCUUCCUGGGAAACAAGCUUCAAAGAGGUUUGGAGGGAAUGACAAAAUGCUAAAAUCUAAGCUUAAUCUGAUUGAUGAUGAGAACAGAGGAAGUUUCCUUAAUCGAGGUGAAGUCGUGGAGCACAAAAAGCAUGAAAUGAGAUCUCCUAGUUUGGUAGCACGUCUAAUGGGUCUUGAAUCAAUGCCGUCUAAUCUCAGAGACAAAGGGAAGAAGAAGAAACCGUCGUCGUUUUCGCAGAUACAGGACAAUGUGUUUGAUGGGGAAGAAGAAGAAGAAGAAGAGGAAGAUAAUGGUUUUGAUAAGUCAAGGCCACAGAAGAUGCAGAGAACAGCAGGAGUCAGUGAUAGGCGUGUUAUGGUGAAGAAGUUUGGAUCAGACGCAUUGCAGAUCAAGAACGUGUUGACACGAGUGAGGAAACAUCAUCAGUACAAUAGCCAUAACCAUCAUCACCAGCAUCAGAAGCUAGCUUCUCCUGUGAGAAGCCCUAGGCUUCAGAGACGUAACUCUAGGCUGAUCAAUGCUGCUGCUAGGAUUCUUGAACCGGGGAAGAGAAACGCGAAAUUCGCUAUUGCUUACCCGGCUUCUUCAGGUACUAGAAGGCGCGAAAACGCAGGGAAAGAGCCUGUUGUUGAUUCACCUGAUUCUUUAGGUUAUCACAGUAGUGUUGCUUCUUGUAAAGCCUGUGGUAGCUUUGUUGAUGUUCAUCAUGGUUCUAGUUCUGUAGCUGAAGAAGAGAUUGCAAAGAACAUGACGUGUGUUUCUGAAUCAACUCCGUUUGAACGGAGUAAAAGAAACGUGUUUUGGAGAAAUCAAGAACCUUCUGUGUCUGUUUCUGCUAAAGGUACAAAUCAGCUUGAGAAGAAGGCUCUACAUCGCGCUUUGAAGCAUGGGAACGACGAAAUGGCACCACCUGGUGUCAGAAACAGAUCCGGUUUUCAGAACCAUGUGUCGCAGAGAGAAAAGUUUCCUCCAGAGGCUAGAUCUUACACCUUACAGAGCAAGAGUGGGUUUUGUUCUUCACCUGCGAAUGCGAUCAACUGUAAAGAGAAGGACUUUAUAGCGAUGAACAGAGGUUCAACUAGCAGGAAUCAUCACUUGAAGCCACCAGUUAAAUUUGAAAACUCCGAGUUGAAUCUGCAGAGAAAGUCUCACUUUAGAGUUGAGGAUUCUUGUAAUAGAUCAGGGUUAAGCAAUCCAGCAAGGAAGAGAAGGCUAGCUUGUGUAAGUGGUCACGGAAGAGGAAGCAGCUUCAUGAGUAGUCCAGUGUCAAGAAGAUUAGAUGGUGAAGGCUCUUGCGGUAUUAGUAACGAAACCGCUUUUACUCCAUUGAAACUUGGUUCACCUCAUAGAAACUAUAGCCAAUGCUGUAGGGAAACCAAGGAGAGGAAAGGAGUUCAACGCUUUCCAAACGCAAGAACACCAUUUCAGAAGAGACAACCGCUUGAUGCAGGUACUGUAGGUUUGAUUCAGCAAAAGUUGAAAGAACUCGCUUCUCAAGAAGAAGACGAAGCCAUAAGAGGAAGUGCUUUGCCUAACAAACCAGCCUCUUUGGUCCUUCAUGAGUUGCUAUCUUCUUUAGCUAUGGCUCAGCCUUAUAUUCGAGAUAUCGACAUGUCUUACGCAGAAACAGCUUCUCGGAGGAAACGCAAAACAGAGAUGUGGAGUCCCAUUGGAAACACAAACAGUGAUUACACGAGCCCUGGUUCUGUACUCGAUGCUUCUUUCUCUAACGAAAGCUGCUUUUCAAAUAGCUUCGACAAUAUCUCAGUUCCAGGACAGACGAGGCUGCCUCUAGAGCCUAUAGAACCCGAUUGGGACGUUCUUGAAGAGUACGCGACUUCGUUCAAGAACUCAACAAGUGGCGGUAACUAUCAAGCGAUCGCUGGUCUGAUCAGGCAUGUCUCUAACGUCUUGAGAUGUUUAAGCAACACAGGUCUCAUACUAACGCUGCAGAGAUUCACCUACGCAAGAGAAGUCAUAAUCCACACCGAGCUAUUAGUUGGUACUACUGCAAGACAAGACCAGAGCUACCUCGUCGGACCAGAACUCUUCGACGAACUCAUGAUUUACGCAGCUCGGUCUGAUAAUCUUGUUAAUCUCCCUGGGAUAACCGGAGGGUUCUUGGUCGACGCCAUGAUCGAACACUUGGAUGAAAGAAACGUUUCUUGCGGAUUACUAAAGCCGUUUAGUGCUGAAGCUGAUGGAUUGAUUCGUGGUGUUCUUGAGGAUGUUCCAAAGUGGGCGAGAUUGUCUCGUAUUGGUAUGGAUGAAGUUAUGGAUAUUGAGAUGGAGACAUGGAUGAUGGAUCUUGAGAGUCAUUUGUUUGGUGUUGGAUCAGAGAUUGCUUAUGAGAUACUUCGGUGUUUGGUCGUAGAGUUAGCAAUGGAUCUGUUUUAGCACUUUCUUAACAACAAUAUGAAUCAUAUGAGCAAUGCUUUGGUAGAACCUUUGUGAUGAUAUGAAUCAUGUGUCAUUCACUUUCUUAACAACAAUAUGAAUCAUAUGAGCAAGGCUUUGUUAGAAUCUUAUGAACCUUUGUGAUGAUGUAACUAAAGCAAGUUUUAUGAAGUUUUUAGUCACACAAAUCUAUCAAUCACAAAACCAAGAUCAGAAGAAGAAAAAAAAACCAAUCUUUUUAUCAAUCAAAUUCUAAAAACAAAUCAAAUCGUAGAAAAAAAAAAGAAUCAAAAUGUUAGAUUGGGACAAAGAUAAUCGAAGAAUCAGUAAACUGGUCGAUAACCUAGAAUAGUCCGACCACCACCACCUCCGCCGAUUGAUUUUCUUCCUCCGCCUCCGAUUGAUUUCCUUCCGCCGCCGUUAAUGGCUGAAGCAGCGGCCGUGGAGAUUUUCUUUAGAUCUUCGACGUUGGCGUAGCUCUUACGCGCCAUACUCAUCAUCCCUUUGCUCUUCUUCUCUCCUGCACUCGCCGAUAUGCUUCCUCUGAUGGAAGUAGCCGAUCCGGUGAAAACGGAGGCGUUUUUGGACUUAGUCGGCGGCGGAGUGAGUUCUGUUCUCCGGGGAAGCAAGUUUGAGUUAGCCGGCCGGCGAUUUUCCUUACGAAUCAUGGCGGAGAAAUCAGGAACCGAUCGAGCCAAAGACGUUCUCCGAGGAUUAGGAUUCGCCGCCGGAGGAUUAUAGUUAAACCCAAAUCUCGUCUGUUUGUUGUUCUUCUCCGGCGAAACCCUAAUUUCGUCUUCUCCUCUGAAACCGAAUCUGGUUUGUGUCGCGGUCGGCUUUUUCCUCGCCUGAUCUCCGCCGAAGAACCUCUCUUCUUCUUCCUUGAGAAUCUUCUCGUAUUCUCGUUUCAAUCGGAGCUUUGAUUCUCGUAGCCUCGCGUAUUCGCCAUAUCUGGGUCCUCUCUCGAAAUUGCAGAGACUGUUGUUAUCAGAGUUCUGAGAGAGUAGGAGAGAGAUUGGAUCAACAGAAAAUAACAGAGGCUCCAUGCUAGGGUUUGAAAUCGUAUCUUCCAUUACUGACAAUCGAAUCUGUAUUUCAAGGUUUUGGAUUUUUUGUUUUCGCACUGUGUCUUCUUCCUCAGAAUUUGUUUUUUUUUUGGAUGCUUUGUUAAUUGUGAAGGAGCUUUACGGUUUUUUGGUUCUUCGUUUAGUUUAAAGUUCGUAACGGUCAGAUUGAAAGAGAAGGAGAAAUUAGAUUCCUG